GUGAAUGUGAAUGAUAAUAAAAUGAUGGCACAGUAUUUCUAUGAUGGCGUUGCCUUUGUUGUUGCAAUAAUCAGACAGUGAGACGGUAGAUUAUUAUUUUCUAUUGCUUAAUACACAUCAGUAAUUCCAUAUUAAAAUGAGUGAUGAUGAUCGAGAUAUUGAUGUGGAGAGCGAUGAAGGUGAAGAUUCUGAUUCACGUCAGGCAACGCCUAGGCAAACAUCUGGAAGCCAGUAUUAUUCACAGGCAGAGAAAAGGGCUCAUCACAACGCCCUGGAGAGAAAACGACGUGAUCACAUAAAAGACAGUUUCAGUAGUUUACGAGACUCUGUACCUGCUCUGAAUGGAGAAAAAGUGGCCAGUCGAGCUCAAAUUCUCAAAAAGGCGGCCGAAUAUAUACUUUUCAUGAGGAAAAAGAACAAUUCCCAUCAACAAGAUAUUGAUGAUCUGAAGAGGCAAAAUAAUCUCCUUGAAGCUCAAAUUCGUACUUUAGAAAGGGCCAAAGCCACUGGAUCAUUCAAUAUAGACUUAGAUGAUGACCUGAAGGAUUCCGUAUUCAACGAAACUGAAUCAGAUACAUCAGAUAUUGAAGGAUCUUUACAGCAAAGAAGGCACAAGAAAAUGAAAGUGGGGUCUUACCAUUAGGAAAAGUGAACUGAAAAGUAAAACUACUAUGGAGUACGAUGGAAAUAUAUCUGGAGAGUCAAGCCUACAGACAUCACCAAGUUAACCAUUUGUUUUUCUACAAGCAGAACGUUGUUUGAAGUGAAUUCCUGUUCAGUUUGAAUUCCCUGAGUUUCUUUUGUGGUUACUCUACCAUUUAUCGUAAUUUACUGUUUUUAUUUAUGAGUAAGUUUGUUGUAACAUAUAAUGUUGUUUUGAUUAUAGAUAUAUUUGUAGUUUAAUCUUGACCGUAUGUAAAUAUACUCAAUGCAAUGA